AUGGAGAAAGAUGAAGGAGAAAGCUGGAAAGAAAUGGUGAGAAAGAUGCUUCCUCCGGGAGCUCCAUUACCGGAAAAUCCAUCGGAGUUCGAUUACUCCAUAGCCAUAGAGUACACCGGUCCUCCUCCUGUCCACGAGAUCCCAAGAGUUUCACCAGUCGAUGUUGCUAAUCCUCGGAUCCCAUUGCCGGUCUCUCGUAUAGCCAGAGGAGUCACAAGCUCCUCAGGUCAGAGCCCGAGAGGUUCUCCGGCUAGCUCCGAGUCUGUAGUCUCUGUCUUGCACAACAACCCUGAAUCAUCCUCUGGCUCAGCCUCUGUAUCACCAGUCUCUGCUCACAGACAACAAAACGGGACUCAGAUUCGGAUACCGGUUGUGAAAUUCAAACCUGUUGAUGAUGAUGAUAAUGAAAGUAAAGACGCUGCAGAGGAGGAGAGGAACAAUGUGGAGAUGGAUACAGAGAAGGAGAGGAAAGUCCAAGAGUGCACCGCGAGGACGCAGAGACAGAGGAACAAGAAGAGCAAGAAGAAGAAGAAGAGAGAGUGUUAUAGAUGUGGAAAAGCGAAAUGGGAGAUUAAGGAGACUUGUAUAGUGUGUGAUGAGAAGUACUGUGGAAACUGCGUGCUUAGAGCGAUGGGUUCGAUGCCGGAAGGAAGAAAGUGCGUGAGCUGCAUCGGUCAAGCGAUCGACGAAUCGAAAAGGUCUAAACUUGGGAAGCAUUCGAGAGUCUUGUCACGGCUGCUUAGUCCUUUAGAAGUUAAGCAGAUAAUGAAGGCGGAGAAAGAGUGUGCCGCUAACCAGCUGAGACCCGAGCAGCUGAUCGUGAACGGAUACCCGUUGAAGCCCGAGGAAAUGGCGGAGCUGCUCGGCUGUCCUUUACCGCUGGAGAAGUUGAAACCGGGGAGGUAUUGGUACGACAAAGAGUCCGGUCUAUGGGGAAAGGAAGGAGAGAAACCUGACAGAGUCAUAACCUCGAAUUUGAAUUUCACCGGGAAGCUUUGUCCGCACGCGAGCAAUGGGAACACGGAGGUUUAUAUUAAUGGCCGUGAGAUCACAAAGCUUGAAUUAAGGAUAUUGAAGCUAGCGAAUGUACAGUGUCCACGAGAUACUCAUUUUUGGGUGUAUGAAGAUGGGCGUUAUGAGGAAGAAGGACAAAACAAUAUCCGAGGAAACAUUUGGGAGAAGGCGUCUACGAGGUUCAUGUGUGCGCUGUUUUCGUUACCUGUUCCUCACGGACAACCUCGCGGAGUGGUGCAACCACCGAGCAAUUAUGUAACCGUUCCGAAUUAUCUAGAGCAUAAGAAGGCUCAGAAGCUUUUACUUCUUGGUAUCGAAGGGUCUGGAACUAGUACUAUCUUCAAACAGGCAAAGUUUUUGUAUGGGAACAAGUUUUCGGCGGAAGAGCUUCAGGAUAUUAAGCUGAUGGUACAGAGUAAUAUGUAUAGAUAUCUCAGUAUCUUACUCGAUGGAAGAGAACGGUUUGAAGAGGAAGCUUUAUCGCAUACAUUAGGCUUAAACGCCGUUGAAGGUGAUUCAGGAGACGAGGAAGCAAACGACGACGAAGGAGCAAUCACAACGCCGCAGUGCGUCUACACCUUGAACCCGAGGUUGAAGCAUUUCUCGGACUGGCUUCUAGACAUCAUAGCAACCGGAGAUCUAGACGCGUUUUUCCCUGCCGCAACGCGAGAGUACGCUCCAUUAGUUGAAGAAGUCUGGAAAGAUCCGGCGAUACAAGCCACAUACAGACGUAAAGACGAGCUGCAUUUCCUUCCCGACGUCGCAGAAUACUUCUUGAGCCGGGCCAUGGAGGUGUCUAGCAACGAGUACGAGCCUUCAGAGAGAGAUAUUGUAUUCGCAGAAGGCGUUACACAAGGAAAUGGAUUAGCUUUCAUGGAGUUCUCUCUCAACGAACAGAGUCCAAUGUCUGAAACCUACCCUGAAAACCCCGACGCCUCAUCGCCUCCUCAGCCGAAGUACGAGCUGAUCCGUGUGAACGCAAAGGGGAUGAAUGAUAGCUGCAAAUGGGUGGAAAUGUUUGAAGACGUGAGAGCAGUCAUCUUCUGCAUCAGCUUAAGCGACUACGAUCAGAUCAGCAUCACACCGGAGAGCAACGGGACAGUUAGUUUCCAGAACAAGAUGAUCCAGAGCAAGGCGCUUUUCGAGUCGAUGGUUAAGCAUCCGUGUUUCGGAGAGACUCCUUUCAUCUUGAUCCUGAACAAGUACGAUCUUUUCGAGGAGAAGCUGAACCGUGCGCCGCUGACUUCUUGCGACUGGUUCGGGGACUUCUGUCCAGUGAGGACGAGCAACAAUGUGCAGUCUCUGGCUUACCAGGCUUACUUCUACGUGGCCAUGAAGUUCAAGCUUCUUUACGCGUCUUUGACUGGUCAGAAAUUGUUUGUGUGGCAAGCUAGGGCUAGGGAGCGAGGGAAUGUGGAUGAAGGGUUUAAGUAUGUGAGAGAGGUUUUGAAGUGGGAUGAAGAGAAGGAGGAUAAUUAUUUGAACGGUGGUGAAGAUUCGUUUUAUAGUACGGAUAUGAGUUCGUCGCCGUAUAGACCGGAGGAGUGA